UAAAAAUGUAGUAAUAUGUUAAAAUUGUGUUAUAGCCCGUGUAGUGGCCAUUUGACACGACCUUUCUCUUAUCAGAUUGUGUUUUUAGUUCAUACAAAUGGGAUGGAAGACCACAAAAUCACAUUUGAAAACAAAAUUAUUCUUGCACCAAUGGUUAGGGUUGGGACUUUGCCAAUGCGGUUAUUAGCCUUGGAAUACGGCGCUGAUUUGGUAUAUUCAGAAGAGCUUGUAGAUCUAAAAUUAAUUAAAUGUUUUAGAACAGUAAACAGAGUCCUUCAAACUGUCGAUUUUAUAGAUCCGUCGGAUGGGUCUGUUAUAUUUAGAACAUGCGAUCGUGAGAAAAACAAGGUAAUUUUGCAAUUAGGAACCUCAUGUGAAAAAAGAGCUGUUUUAGUUGGGAAACUAGUUCAGAACGAUGUGGCUGCUUUAGACAUAAAUAUGGGCUGUCCGAAAGAAUUUUCUGUGAAAGGUGGCAUGGGGGUUGCCCUAUUAAGUCAACAAGAAAAAGCGAUGGCAAUUUUAAAGAGUUUAGUAGAACAUUUGAAGAUUCCCAUUACUUGUAAAAUACGCAUUUUACCUACCAUAGAAGAAACUAUAGAAAUUGUGAAAAAAUUCGCUUCAGCAGGGGUAGCGGCGGUUGCAAUUCACGCAAGAAUGAAAGAUGAAAGGCCGCAACAUGAUCCACAUCCGGAUUUCAUUAAGGCGGUUGUAAAGGCUGUUAGAAUUCCAAUAAUAGCGAAUGGAGGGUCAAAAGAAAUCGAAAAGCAUUCAGAUAUAAUUAAAUUUCGCAAUAAGUGUGCUGCAAAUAGUGUUAUGAUAGCCCGAGCAGCCCAAAAUAAUGUUUCCAUUUUUAAGCCAGAUGGAGUUUUAUUGCCAGUAGAUGACGUAAUAAUUCGUUACCUUAGGAUUUGUGUUGAUUUUGAUAACACAGCUUCGAAUACGAAAUAUUGUGUACAAAGUAUGAUUAAAGACCAGCAAGAAACGGCUCGAGGGAGACUGUUUUUGAAUUGUCAAACUUUACAUCAGAUAUGUUCAAUUUGGAAUCUUGGUGAUUACUGUUAUGAAAAACAGUUGGAAUUUCAGAAAAAAGGGAAUUUUGGAAGGCGUGAUGUAACUCCAGGAUUCAUCCCAAAUGAUGUGAUUAAAGAACCAGAAACUAAAAAAUCUAAAGUUAUUGACAUCUGCGAUGAAGAUAUUUUCGAAAGAAACGUAGCCUUUUAUAGAUCAAACUAUAUUAAAGAUCCAGAUCUACCAAAGAGUAUUCUUCAUAAUUACGCAAAAAAGAAUAAUAUUCCGAUGCCUAUAUAUGAAACGUUUCAAAAAGAUAAACUAUUUCGAACGAAAUUGAAAUACAAUGGGAAAAGGUAUGCGAGUACUUUUUGGGAAAAAAACAAAAAAUAUGCAGAACAAGGAGCUGCUUUAGUUUGCAUUUUGUUCAUAGGAUUAGUAAGCGAAGAAUCAUUAAUAAAAAAUGGUAGUAUUUUGAAGUAGAAAUUAUUUGUUUUGAUUUCCAAUUUUCAAAUAAAACGCAAAAUAGGAGAAA